ACACAUUCUUGUUCCGUCAGGGUUUAGCAAUAUUUGGUAUCGUAUAUCUAGGAACUAAUAUAUCUGGAAUAAGAUGCAUUUGAUGUCUGUUCGCUGUGGUCUUGAGCCAAAUAACUGAUCUCUAUGCUCUUGCAUCAAGUAACUGAUGGAUCUAACAGCUCUGAUGCACCGUUUUGACGGACGGUCGCGAUUGCUGGUUCAUGCUCUGCACUCAGGAGCUGCCGGAGCGAGCAAUGCACAUACAGUUUACAAUAAACAGCGCAGAUGUGAUCCAGAUUUCACUCUCAGUCCGUUUUUGGAGGCAUUGUGCCAGCAGGAAGCAUGUGUGGAUGCGGACUCGAUUGUUUCGAAACCUUUGGUGUGCCUGUUUUCCGAAGACUUCAAACGUAAUCUGCUUUGCUUUCUGCAUCUUAUUCACUCUGGGCUGCCCAGAGACGGUAUUCUCCAGCUGCUUCGAUGUCUGACUCAGGACCACAGGGAAAAUCAGUGGGCUUGUGCCUUAAUCAAACAGCUCCAUAGAGACAUUGAUGGCACUUGGAAAGACACUCUCCUCACCUCAAAAUGUACAGAGAAAUUAAAGCAUCUCUGUGAGAGAUUCAGGGAUUCAAAUGCAAAGGGAAGAUGGGCAUCUUGUUUGGAGGGGCUUAGAAAAGAGGAUCAGCAGGCUGAUAAUCAAACCAACUUAGUUCUUUCUCAGAAAAAGAGAAAAAGUGAGAGCAUGGAUCAUUAUGUUGACAUUGAGGAAGACAUUCGUGAAAGUAAACGAGUAAAGAUGGAUUUCUCACCAGCCAGAGAGGAAAAGAGGUUGUCUGAAGAAGAAUCUAAAAUAAGAACAUCACAGCAGAACCAGAGUCCUGCAUCUGGCACACAGACAAGCUCUGAUCUGUUGGGCUCUUUAAAGAUCUUGCCAGACCACAUAAAGGCUGCUGUUCCUGUGAUAAAAGAAUUACUAGAUACAGAGUCAGGGUGGGAUGAGAAUUCUGUUUCUGCUCUGAAAGUAUUGCAUGAAUGUGACCCAGAUGAGGUGGAGGUAUUGUGUUCAGUGUUGUGUUUGUCUGAAGCACCCGAGCAGAGUUUACCUCAGUUCUGUAGCUGCCUGCUUGAACUGUCCCCAGACCUCAGUCACAGCACUGCUUCUGCUGUGAUCACAAAACUUCUGCUUGGCAAAAUUCUGUCUCUUGAAGAGCCUGCCUCACGCUGUUUGGUCACUGCAGUGGCGUCACUCUGCAGUCAUUAUCCCAGACCGACUUGCCAGGCUGUGAUAGAGCCAGUCUUACGGAAGGGACAGACAGGAAGUGCCCAGGCAGAGUUACUCUGUAGACUGGUAGAAGACUGCCUUGAGCCACAUCACAGACUUCUUGUAUUCCGGACAAUACUCGAAGUGUCCUGGGAUGAGGGUGUGUUAUCAGUAAUCCAUGCACUGUUGGAUUCAAAGCUUGAAAUGAGUGAGGAGGAUUUUUCUCUCUUUACCAACCAACUUUCCAGCCAGUCUCAAUAUUUCAGCAAAUCAAUGACAUUUGCCAAGAUGAUGCUGAGCGUCUUGACCAAGUAUCAGUCACAUGUGAAUGCUGCAUGCCACCACACGCUUUCCAGUUGCCUGUCUUAUCACGAGACUUUUCUUAAAAAAUCCCUGCAGGCUGCAUUGAAACGGAUUUCCAUUUGAAAUAUGCAAAUGUUCGUUAAAUUGUGCGUUAACAAAUGGAUUUCAGUUGAUUGUUGUAUAAUUUUGUAAAUAUAUUUUCUAAAUGUAAUAUAAAACUGUUAUCAAAGGUAUAACUCAAGUCAUUUUUAUUUGUAUAGAGCUUUUCACAACACACAGUUUCAAAGCAGCUUUACAGAAAAUCAUGCAUUAACAAAAAAUUUAACUUAUCUAUAAAGUCUUAGGGAUCAUUGUGUAGUUUGAUUAAAUAUGAUUGUAAAUUGUGUGUAAUAAUUAAAUAAUAAUUGUAUUUAGAAACCUUGUAAGUGAGCUGAAGGUGACUGUGGCAAGGAAAACUAAACUCAAUAAGAUGUUGGUUAAUGGAGAAAAAUAACCUUGGGAGAAACCAUGCUUACUGUGGGGGCCAGUUCCCCUCUGGCUAAACAACAUGAAUAAAUGCCAAUAUUGGUUAUUUGUGUGCAGUGCAAGUCAAGUAACCGUUAAUGUCCAGUGUUCAAAAAAACUGUUUAUAUCAAUAACUAUUGAUAUAAACAAAUUCUUAAAAGGCUUCAUUUCCAAUAUAUGAACUAUUUAUUAAAGAAACGUUAAACUCAA